AAUCAAAACAUUUGAGAACUAAAAACACGUGUCCACACAUCGUACACUGAAUCAAAGUCAAGUACAAAGUUGCUUAAUCCAUAUGUUGUCCAUAUUACAUCACAAUAUACGUAACGUAGGGGAAAUUGCAUCUCAUUAUUACGAAACUACCCUUAGUCUUUGUCAACUUGACCUUUCCUCACCAUCACUCAUUGCGGAGGAAACUUCCCGGCCACCACCGCGCAACCGCCUCUAGCUUUAAAUAAUUCUCCAAAGUUUUCAAACCCGUGUUUUAACCGUCGGACAAUCAAGAAUCUCCCCACCUAUAUACAUACACGCAUUCACAUACUCAUCUUUAUAUAUAACCUACCAUCUUUAAAAGAAUCUUUAUCGAACCAUUUAGUAUUCAAGAUUUGUAUACAAAUCAAGAAAAUGAGUCUUUCUAAGAACCAGAAAUCUCCAUUGUCAAGAUUGUACAAGAAAUAUUCCAAGAGGAAGUCAGAAUCUUCAAGAACGCUUGAAGAUGAAGCAAGAACCAGCAGCAGUAGCGGAAGCAGCUCGUUAAACGUGGACGAGCUGAGAACCGUGUUUGACUAUAUGGAUUCAAACUCUGACGGUAAAAUCUCCGGGGAGGAGCUACAGAGCUGCGUUAGUCUCUUAGGCGGCUCGUUGUCUUCACGUGAGGCAGAGGAGGUGGUUAAGAUUUCUGACGUUGACGGAGACGGGUUUAUUGACUUUGGUGAGUUUUUGAAGCUUAUGGAAGGUGAUGAUGGUAGUGAUGAAGAGAGGAGGAAGGAGCUGAGAGAGGCGUUUGGGAUGUAUGUUAUGGAGGGAGAAGAGUUUAUCACGGCGGCGAGUUUACGGAGGACGUUAAGUCGGCUCGGCGAGUCGUGUACCGUUGAUGCUUGUAAGGGUAUGAUUCGUGGGUUUGAUCAGAAUGAUGAUGGAGUUCUCAGUUUCGACGAGUUUGUUCUGAUGAUGCGUUGAGAUGAUUGAUAUAUGGGGGUUUUGACAUUUCUUUCUUUCUUUAAUCCAGUUAAUUGCUUACUUCAAAUUCUUUACAUUUACUUAUUUUUAUUCUUUUUGAGUUCUUCUUAUUCCUUUGUAUAUUUGUGUCUCAUCUGAUCCAUAUGUAUUUAAACACACUUCAUAUUAAACAUGUUCUAUAGUAUAUUUUUCUUCUCUUUUAUUUUA